CCUCUGUCACAUGGUUCAGCAGUUAGUUGGGUUACAUCCAAGACAUCAGGAGGUCAGCCUCUGAAUGAACAAGAGCUACAUAACUUUCACAUUUCUGGACACCAUUUUUUCUUUCUUUUAUUUUUGCUUUCAAGAUUUGAGGGAAGAUUAAAGCAGCAUAAUCAGCGCGCCACGCCCGGAGCCUUGUCAUCAGGGUUUGUAAUGACUCGCUGCGCAAAAUUUGUUACACAAACUAUAUUUCCUCUUCACUAGAGAGGAACUUUACUUUUCUACUUCCUCAUAUAGCAUUCAUCUUGCUUCCAGGUCAGAGUGAGCUGUUAUCCAGGAGCGAUGACGCUGAGCGCUGUGGGGUCCUGCUGCCUCAGUCCAGAGGCCAAAGAAGCUCGGAGGAUCAACUCAGAGAUAGAGAGGCAGCUCAGAAAGGACAAGAAGAAUUCCCGACUGGAGUUUAAACUCCUACUGCUGGGAACUGGUGAAAGUGGGAAGAGCACUUUCAUCAAGCAGAUGAGGAUCAUCCAUGGUCGUGGAUACACUGAUGAGGAUAGGAGAGGCUUCACCAGGCUGAUCUAUGAGAACAUCUUUACAGCUAUGCAGGCCAUGAUCCAAGCCAUGAGCACAUUACAGAUCUCUUACAAGAAUCAGUACAACAAGGAUAAUGCGGAGUUGAUCAGUCGCGUUGAAAAGUUAGAAACUUUAAAGAGCCCAUACAUUGAGGCCUUGAUGAGCCUGUGGAGUGACCCGGGAAUUCAGGAAUGUUACAGUCGGAGGAGGGAAUACCAGCUCUCAGACUCAGCCAAAUAUUAUCUGAGUGACUUGGCUCGAAUAGCUGAUCCUGCUUUUUUGCCAACCCAGCAAGAUAUCCUGAGAGUCAGGGCUCCCACAACAGGAAUAAUAGAAUAUCCGUUUAAGCUAGAAGAUGUGGUAUUCAGGAUGGUGGACGUAGGUGGCCAGCGUUCUGAGAGGAGGAAAUGGAUUCAUUGCUUUGAAAAAGUCACGUCCAUCAUGUUCCUGGCGGCGCUAAGCGAAUACGAUCAGGUUCUAGCUGAGUCCAGCCAUGAGAACCGGAUGGAGGAGAGCAUAGCCUUGUUCGAGACAAUCACAAGAUACGAAUGGUUUAAUGGCUCCUCAUUCAUCCUAUUUCUCAACAAGAUGGACCUGUUGAAGGAAAAAAUCAUGUAUUCACAUUUGGAGGACUAUUUUCCAGAGUAUAAUGGUCCCAAGCAGGAUGCUGAGAAAGCACAAAAGUUCAUCUUGCAAAUGUUCACCAGUCACAAUGAAAACGUGGACAACCGGUUCUACUCCCACUUCACAUGCGCCACAGACACAGGGAACAUACAGAAGGUGUUCCAGGACGUGAGGCAAACCAUCAUACAAGAGAACCUGAAAGAUCAUAACUUGGUGUGAGCGCCUGGUGCUACUACUGUAAUUGAACGCAGCCGGCGGACUGGGAUGCCUCUGCAGCAUCUUCAUUUGCUGCUGCUGUUUCACACUUUAAUCCAAAACAGGAAAUUGGAGGACUUCAGAGCUUGUCAUCAAAUGACUGUACAGCCAAUGCUUUUCAAAUUUUCUUGUUAGAGUCUGUAAGUGGAUGUCUCUGGCUAUUACAAAGUGUGACCUGCCAAUUAAAAGUGCUGGCUUUCAGCGGCGUCUAAUAUAGCGUGAACUCUGAAAUUUAUUGAGCGCUAUGUAGACAUUUUGGAGCGGUGGGAAUGCACACUGGCAGAUUAAUAGGGGGAAACAUAUUUUACUGCCCUGGAAUGCCUCAGAGGAAUUGUGAUGUAGUUGAUCUCUCCCUCAGGGAAGGCGUGGGACUGAAUGUUCUGAAUGCAGAAACCUGGCAUCACUAAAACAGUUUGCUGGAUUUAAGUUGGAUAGCUUGGGUUGUGGCUAGACUAAAAGGGAACAGGUCAUAAUAAACACUAAUCAUUAAACUUCAAGCACACUGUGCAUGUUUUGUCAUUGCUGCAUGAAAUUCAUUUGAAUAGGUUUGGAUCAGCACUUUGGAUCUGUGUGUGCUUACUUUGCUGAAGAAGAAGAUGAAUUUUCUGUGGAGCAUACAUGUUUUAUGUUUGUUGAGGUUUUUACUGUAAAGGGAUAGACACUUGAUGUUUUUUGGAGUGAUGGUGCAAAGUUGGAUAGUUAAACAUAUUAUUUCAAGAAUGGUUGUAAUGUUAAGCAGUUGUGUUAACUUAAAAUGGAUAUUUAUAUACCUUUGAUACAAUUAUACUGUCAAAUGUUAAUAAGCCUAUGUUUUGUCUCUGAGCAUUAAAUUCAGUGUUACAAGGAUAAACGGUUAAAUGGAAAACUAGGUUCAAUAAAUGUUUAUAAGAAAAAGACAUGUUUUUACAGCCCUUUUGCUCCUAACUAUAAAAAUAUAAGU